GGAGAGCGGUGGGGAAGGGGGUGGGCAGAAAGAGGAUGAGCAGCCACCUGGAGCUGGAGGAGAGGCUCAGGGAAGCUGCUGCACUAGGCGACCUAGAGGAGGUGCAGACGCUGCUCGACAAGGGGGUGGAGGUGAAUGCCCAGAAUGAGAUCAAUGGCUGGACAUGUUUGCACUGGGCUUGCAAGCGGAAUCAUACCCAAGUGGUUUCUUACCUGCUGGAUUCUCGAGCUGAUAAGGAGAUUUUCACAGCUAAUGGAGAGCUGGCAGCACAUUUAACUUCAAAGAAAGAAAUCAGAAAGCUUCUGGGAGUGGAAGAAUGUGACAAUCAAGAAGUGAAUGACUUAAAGCUGCCAAAUGCUGGAGACUCUCUGACAAACCCGUCAUUCCCUUGCGUUGACUAUCAAGAAAAGAACAAUGCCCCUCAUCUCUUAGCACCACCUGAGGACAAUAGCACUGCCAUCUCUUACUUAUCUGAAAGUGAACCUAGCCCUCGUUUAUCAGCAACUCAGCUUGAAAAUACUUGCACACCCAUUUCCUUGCAUGCUGAAACUGAACUUUCUGAAGAGCUGCAUGAAGGGGACCUUCCUUCUCCCAUCAGCUCAGGAGUAUCAGAAUGCACAGUGCCUCGAGUCCAGAGCUGCCCUGUUUAUCCCUCAUCUACAUCUCACAACAGAGCUCUCUUGACCUCAACUGUUCCUCGACAACAUGUACCUCAGCAAGCAAAUGGCUGCUGUAUGGGCACUGCACCACCCUUACAGCCGCUGCUUCUCACAGGAACUUUUUCAUAUAAUAUGCAAGAACUGGUACUUAAAGUAAGAGUUCAGAACCCUAAAGAGAAUGACUUCAUUGAAAUUGAACUGGACAGACAAGAACUGACUUACCAAGAUUUGCUCAGAGUGAGUUGCCAUGAAUUGGGCAUUAAUCCUGAACAAGUGGAAAAGGUUAGAAAGCUACCGAAUACACUGAUAAGAAAGGAUAAAGAUGUUGCCAGGCUUCAGGAUUUUCAAGAGCUAGAGCUGGUUUUGGUGAGAAACAUCAGUUCUCCUUUCAGAAAUGCUUCAGCAACGCUAAUGGAAAGACCCUGCUAUAACACUAAAGCAGCAAAGUUGACAUACUGAAGUUUAAGACUUCUAGGAAGUUGAUAUCUAAGAACCUUAUUCUCGUUAAAAUUAAAGCAGUAUGUGUUUACUAUUCAAUAUUUUUAUAUGCAGCAUUUUUCCUAACUUUGGUUAAUAUUUCUUGAGUGGUGCUAUCUCAAAGAUGGCUCUUGGAUUGCUCAAGCACUUCGGCAGUCUCAUGUGUUCAUACACUGAACAAGCGCCAAGUGGAAAACUGUUUUGUGGGGGAAACUAAUCACAAUUGUUUCCUCAAUAAAUAUUUGUUCCCUCAGUCAACUGGUGUCUGACACCUAAUGAUAUAUAUUGAGUUAAUAUAUUUUAUACAUUGUUUUCAGGCCAACGUUGCCACAGAAAAAUUAGUGUUGUCAUAGUCGCUGGUCCUUUUUUUUUUUGCUAGGACCUUCUCUGUGUAACAGUAAGACAAAUGAACUGAGGAACAAGUUCUGUUUUCUUGUCCUAUGCUCUUUAUAAUAUAAUGCUGUAAAAACGGAAUUGUUUUGAGAAGAUAAACAAUGAAGAAACAGGUUUAAACAAGUGUUUCCUGUUACCAGUUUUUGUUCUAUAAUAUUGCUUGUUGCAUAGUAACGUUAGUUUGAGAGAUGAUAUAGCAAUGCUGGUAACUAAGCAAAUCUAUGCAUUUAGAAAACUAUUUUUGUAGUUUUAUAUAAAAAGGCAUGUAAUGCAAACCAAACCAACAGAAAAUGAUGAAUUUAUGUGAUGCUUUAUCCUGUGAACCUAAGAACAGUUUUCAAUGGCAGCUUUAUUUUUGCACUAUCAACUUGUAACAGGGUAGCCAAUAGUUUUAAAGUGGUUGUUAAUUAAAGUUUUGCUUUAGGCCUUGCGGCACCACCUCAUAAUUCACCUGUCAUGAAGCUGUGUGCAUUUGCCAACAUGUCUUCUAACAGUUGAUGUAGGCCCGCAUCUACUUAAGGUUUAGUUACUUUGGGCUGACUGGAUUACAUAGAGAAAUACCGCGACAAGGUUAUUAGUUUCCUUUUGUCUGGUUCCUAUGGCUGACAAUGCGUUCUACAUGCUUUCCUGUAUACAAGUGGCGGGUUACAUAAAAUGUUGGAGUAUCGGAUCA